AUGACAAUGUCACCCGUCCCGAUUAUCAUCGACACAGAUCCAGGAGUCGACGAUGUGCUUGCUAUCCUUCUAGCUCUCGCUUCACCUGAUGAAGUCUCGGUCAAGGCGCUGACACUUACCUUUGGAAACACAACACUCGACCAUGCCUACGCAAACGUCCUGCGUACCGGCGCGGUCCUGCAGCGACAUCUUGCAGACCCUGCAACCUCUGACGCCGUCAAGCACCGAUAUCGUAACUUCAGUGCCGAUGCUGACCCCAUCAUUGUGGCUUCUGGCUCAACACAACCGUUAGAGGGCAAGAUGUAUACCGCCUCCUACUUUCACGGUCGAGAUGGACUCACUGGUGUUCACUGGCUUCCCAACGAUCCUUUUCCUGUCCCAGAGAAGCCAACAGCCCCCCUGGCUCCAACCGAAAAGCAUGCAGCAGAUGUCAUUUUGGAUGUGAUUCGGCAGCACCCACCUCAGACUGUCCGCAUUGCAGCUCUCGGACCGCUCACCAACCUUGCAACAGCCUUCCGCAAGGAUCCGGAGACGUUCGCCAAGGUGGGCGCUAUCUCUGUCAUGGGUGGAGCUUUCGAUGUGCCCGGCAAUACAUCGCCUGUAGCGGAGUUCAACUGGUAUGCAGACCCUUAUUCAGUUCGUGUCCUCAUUGAUGAGGCUCCCCGAAACGCAGCCUUGCAAGGGAAGCGAUUGCCCAUCCAAGUGUUGGCCCUCGAUAUCACUUCCAACCACACCGUUCCAUACUCGAGGCUGGUGAAAGCGACCUACGAGACGCCGAACAACACACCACAAGGCGCAAGCCAUCUUGAAAAAUUCAUCGGUACCUUCCUCACCCAUCCUCGAGCAUAUACGAACAAUUUGGCUGCUCCGCAAGAGUUUCACCCUGACAAGCAUGACCUUUUCCAAGCACAUGAUCCCUUGGCUAUCGCUCAUGCUAUGUUCACUCCCAUGCCCUCAGCAGGAAAGAUCGAUGGGAAUGGGUGGAAGCACGCAGAGAGGAGAUUCCAGAUCGAGACAUCAGGUGACCUGACCAGAGGGUUUGCAGUUGUUGAUAGGAGGUUUACCGCGAACGGCAGCAGUAGAAAGACAGGAGGAAAUCGAGCUGAGGAUCUCGAGCGCGAGGAGAAAGAGUUUCAUACCAUUGAAAAGCCUGAUGUUGCUAUUCACAGGACCUCUACGACAACGGAGGACAAGAAGAAGGAUGGGGAGGAGUCGCAGAUCGGGCUGGUGGACGAAGUUGUAACUUCGCCUGGAGCUGAUUGGUUUGCCAAGAUGUUCCUAGAGCGCAUCGGUCUAUAG